AUGGCUUGUAGCUCGGCAGUGGGUCGGAACGGUGGUCCUCAACUUCUUACUCUGGGACACGGUUGUGUUUAUGUUGGAGUUGUUAUCCACGAACUGAUGCACGCUGUGGGGUUUUGGCACGAACAAAGUAGAGCAGACAGAGAUGAAUACGUGACAAUAUUGUGGAAUAACAUACAAGAAGGCAUGGCGUACAACUUUGCCAAGUAUACGUUGCAAAAAAUUCAACACCUAGGCGAACCUUACGACUAUGCGUCUGUAAUGCAUUACGGUGAAUAUGCUUUCUCAAAAAGUCGAAGUCAACCAACCAUCAAACCUUUAAGACCCGGAGUGCAAAUUGGACAAAGAAAUGGUUUUAGUAACACAGACAUACGGAAAAUCAAUAAACUUUAUAAAUGUGGAGUAACAGAAGUAACAACAACAACCAAGAUGUUUUCUACAACAGUUGCACCAGUCUUACGAUAUCUCUCAGUGGUUGGAUGUGCGGACAAAAACCAAAACUGUGAAUUUUGGGCGAGACAGGGAGAGUGUCAGAGAAACCCACUUUGGAUGAUGGAAAACUGCAAGAAGUCGUGUAAACAAUGUAAAUAUACAUUGUGUCGAGAUGAAAGUUCUUACUGCAACUUCUGGAGAAGAAAUCGCCAGUGUGAACGAAACUCCAGUUUCAUGCACCGGUAUUGCAAGAAAUCCUGCAACUUUUGUCAAGGAGACCCACCCGUUAUAUGUAAAGAUCAAGAAGUGAGAUGCAAGAUUUGGGCUCAGAAAGGACAUUGCUUCCGUUUUGUCAAUUACAUGAAAAAGGAAUGCAGCAAAACCUGCUCCUUUUGUUGA